AUGGCCCCCGGCGCUGGCACCAAGGCGAGUCUGAAAACACUCGUUUCAGAAUGUGACACUGACAUGAUACAGGUCGAUCUCGGCAAAAACGCUCCCACUAAGAAGGAAGGCGCCGGUGCUGUGCCUUCGGAAUCUCUGGCUGCCGAGUCCUUCCAGGAGGGCGGUGAGUUCACCUCCAACAAGGGCAUCCGCUCCGAGAAUGUUCCCUCCAAGUCCUCCGAGGCCUCGGGCGCAGGCCGCGAUACUACCUCCACCGGUCGAACUGGCAACGUUUCCAAGUCCUCCACUGGACAAGCCGAGGGUCAGCACCGCCGUCACAGCAAGAAUCUCGAGGGAAGCUGGGAUGAUUCCAAGACAGAGGAUGGUCUUCAGAAGGCGUUGAACGCUGAGCCCGGUAGCGACGACGACCCUGGUCGGUUGGCAGAGCUGAAGUUCCAGCAGCAACAAGCUGGAGGAGGUGCUGGCCCCAGGGAAGGAAAAUUAUCGACCAAGUCUGGCUACGAUGCUCUGAACGCGGAGACUCCUUCUUAA